AUGACGUGUAUCACAGGCAUCGGGAACCUGCUAGCCGGUCUGUUGACUGUAUGCACACCAGUAAUCGCGAUCGAUCUGCAGGUUCCACCAGCACUACAACUCUGGCCAACCGCUGCCUUUGCACUCGCCUGUGGCUGCAUCUUAUUCCUCUGUGGUGCCGCCGCCGACGUGCUGGGCUGCCGGCGCGUCUGUCUGCUCGGGAGCCUGUUCCAGACCGCAAGUGCCCUGGCUAAUUGCACUGCGAGUCACAGCAGGCCUCGCCGCCGCAGCAUCGCCUUCGCUGCGAUGGGCGGCGGCCAGGCCGUCAGCUUUGGUCUGGGACUCGCUCUAGGCGGGGUAUUCGCCGACACCGUCGGCUGGCGAUGGGGCUUCUACACUACUGCCUGUCUCAACGGCGUUGUGCUUGCACUGGCGCUGUGGUCACUCCCCUCUGGCGUAGACACGGAUCCACCAAUAAGCCACGCAAUACUCACCCGGCUCCUCCACGAUAUCGACUGGGUUGGCGCCUUGCUUAUCAGCAUCUGCCUCGCGCUUAUCUCGCCACUCAACCUCGUGCUUCUAUGCUCCGCAUUAGUCUUCAUCCCGGCCUUCACCUUCUGGAUGAGCCGCCAGGCUCGUCUCAACCGCCCAGCCUUAAUCCCCAAUAUACUAUGGUCCCACCUCCCGUUCACAGCCGUCUGCAUCACUGUCUUCCUAGUCUGGGGCUCCCUGAACGCCUCAGAGCAGCUGGCAGCCCUAUACCUACAAGACAUUCGGGGAAAAUCAGCACUAAUCACCUCUCUCUAUUUUAUGCCGGCACCCGUCUGCGGCGUGGUUAUGAGCGUCGCCACGGGCGCCUUUUUGCCGCGUUUGCGGCCGUCAGUCGCAGUUGCCGCAGCCUGCCUUGUUAGCGGUAUCGCGCCAUUGCUUUUCGCGACGUUAUGCGGUGUCGAUGGUCCGGGGUAUUGGCGGGGUGUUUUCCAGGCCAUGGCGCUUAACCUGCUGGAUGCAGACCUGAUGUAUACAAUCGCGAAUUUGAUCAUGACGGCCGCUUUUCCUACGGGGACGCAGGCGCUGGCGGGGGGCGUUUUUAAUAUGCUUGCGCAGGUAGAAAAGAGUUUUGGGAUCGCGAUGUCGGCGCUUCUUGCGCGGCAGAUUACUGGCCAGAUGCAGAUGGCUGAGGAUGGCACAAAAGAGGCCUUGCUAUCUGGUUAUAAGGCUGGCUGGUGGUAUAACUGUUCAAUGGGCUUUGUUUUGGUAGUGGUCAGUCUUUGGGGCUUGAGGAGUGUUAAAAGACUAGAAGUCAAGAGGGACUGA